AUGGCCCGUCUAGCUAGUCAACUAAAAUUGCAAACAAAAUUUCUACAUACAUGAAUAUUAUCUCCAUAUGCAAAUAAUGCUCGAAAAUGAAGUCAUGUUGUUCAUCAUUUUGGCUUUUCAGUCCAUCUUUCUUAUUGCUCUAUCUUUAAGUUUGGAUUGUAAUGUUUCUCUCUUCUCUUGUGGAAACAUUACCAACAUAGAUUUUCCUUUUUGGGGAGAAUCUAGGCCGUUACACUGCGGCUAUCCACGGCUAAAGCUCAACUGCUACCAAAACCAAACAACAAUUGAAUUAGCCAACAUCAAAUACAACGUUUUUGAGCUAAACAAGAGUUCUCGUAUUCUCAAACUCGAAAGAUCCGAAUUAUUUCGGGGAAUUUGUUCACCAGGAUCAAAAGGAAUGACAGGAAAUAUUGACUUAAUGCCGGGGCUCCUUGAAUAUGCCCCGGGUUCUGGAAAUAUGUCAUUUUUUUAUAAUUGUACCAAGCACGGUGGUAAUUCUGUGGAGAUCGGAGAUUUCAGUUGCCCUAAUGGUUCCAUUUUUAAAAAUGGUUACUAUGGUUUAGAAAUGGAAAGUAGAAGAUGUAGUUGGAAUGUGAGUGUUGGGAUAGAAUCAAGAGGAAUUGGGUUUGCACAAGUAGAUGGAGCUGUUAGACAAGGAUUCCAAGUGAGUUAUACGGAAGCUUCCAUAGGCAAUUGUACGGCAUGCAUUAGUAAAUUCAAUGGAUUUUGUGAUUAUGAUUACAAUUCAACAAAGUUUCUUUGUCACCAUCCUAAACCUCCUCAUCAAGGAACGCCAUGGAAGCAUUAUUGGACAAUAGCUGGUGUGUCGUUAACAGCAAUUAUUGGAGUAAUCGCAAUUCUAAUAGUAUUUUUUUACAAAAGAAAAUCAGUGUCGAGAAAACUAAUAAGUAAGAAAAAACGCAAGAGGGAUCGGUUUCAUGUGGAGGAUUUUAUUAAGAAUAAUUAUGCAUCAUCAUUUACCCUAAAGCGGUAUACUUAUGCAAAUGUGAAGAGAAUGACCAAUUCAUUUGUAGAAAAAAUUGGUGAAGGAGGUUUUAGUAUUGUCUACAAAGGACACUUAUCCAAUGGCACAAUUGUGGCAAUAAAAGUACUAAAGGAGGCCAAAAGUAAUGGACAAGAUUUCAUUAAUGAAGUUGCAAGUAUUGGAGCAAUUAUGCACAAAAAUGUAGUUAGUCUAUUAGGGUUUUGUUAUGAAGGGAAUAGAAGGGCUUUGAUCUAUGAGUACAUGCCUAAAGGAUCAUUGGAUAAGUUUAUUUUUAAUCACAAAAAUAAUACCAAUACCAAUAAUAGUCGCCUAGAAUGGAAAACACUUUAUGAGAUAGCAAUUGGAAUUGCUAGAGGACUAAAAUACUUGCAUCAAGAUUGUAGCGCAACGAUUUUACAUUUUGACAUAAAACCUCAUAACAUUCUUUUGGAUUUUGAUUUUUGUCCUAAAAUUUCUGACUUCGGCCUUGCCAAGUUGUGGCAAAGGGAUGGGAGUGGUGUAUCACUGUUGAAGGGUAGAGGCACAAUUGGAUAUACAGCACCGGAGAUGCAUAACAGAAAUUUCGGUGAAGUAUCUUACAAAUCUGAUGUUUAUAGUUAUGGAAUGAUGGUUUUGGAAAUGGUGGGCGGAAGAAAAAAUAUCGACACUAGUGUUUCUCGAACAAGUGCAAUAUAUUAUCCACAUUGGGCACAUAAGCAUGUCAAUGAUGAUGAUGAUGGUGAGCUCUUGAAAAAUAUUUGCGAAGAAAUAAUGGAAAAUGAAGAUGAUGAAAUGAUGGCAAGAAAGAUGAUUAUUGUAAGCUUAUGGUGCAUUCAAGCUAUGCCAUUCAACCGUCCCUCCAUGUUCAACGUCGUACAAAUGAUGGAAGGGAGUUUAGAAUCUUUACAUAUGCCACCAAAACCAAUAUUAUCGUUACAAAAAGAGUAAUAUUGUUCGUCAUCCAUAUAUAUGUAUAUUUGUAUUUUCAUACAACUUUUAGUGCAUAUAUCAUAUUUUAAUUUGGAGAAUUGCUAA